CGCCAAUCAAACAGCAUUCAAAGUUCCAUCUCGAGCUCUGGCACUCUCAUAUCCAUCCAAACGACCUUUGGCAUCCAUCUCUGACGGCGCACGUUAGCCUGCUCCAUCUGGAGAACAUUCAUCUCCCUCUGUUCGAUCUUCGAGAUUGAAGAUUCUAUCUCAGACUCUCAGCUGAUCUGCAACAUCCAUCUCCCUGGCGCACGUUAGGCUGCUCCAUCCGCAGUCAACGCCUCCUUCUCUCUCUGUUCUUUCGACGGCACUGGCAUUAACAUCAUUCCGACUAUCUUCACAGAAUUCAUCCAGUCGGCGCACGUUAGUCUUUUCCAUCUACAGUCAACACCUCCGUGUUCCAUCCAGAGUCCGAUCGCGAAAUUCAGCAACUGUGAGGGCGCACGUCUUCCCCGGCGCGCCUUAGCCCAGUCCCUCUGCAGAACGAUAUGGCAGAAGCCCUAGAUUUCUCACAAACGCAGCGCAUAGUCCUCCUUAUAGACCUGAACCCUCUACUCCAACUCCAAAACCCUAGCCCCUACCUCUACACAAUCCUCACCUCUGCCCAAACCCUACUCUCCUUUUCCUCGCUUUCAUCCUCUCUCUUCACCUUCAAGCUCUUCUUCUCCUCUCUUUCACCUUUUCUCUCCUCCUCUAAGCUCCAUCGCCUCCUGGGUAAAUCCGCCGCGGCCUUCUCCUUCGACCACCCGCCUGAAACCCUUGUUUCCCUUUCCAAAACAUUGGAAUCUCUCUCUUCGGCUUGUGAAUUAUCAGAUUCGGCUCCAUCACGGGCUUCUCAUAUUGCUGAAUCUAUGAUUCAGCUUGUGCAUGAUUAUUCGUGGGAGCAGCAGGUUCAUGAUAUUCUAGGUAAGCCGAACCAUGAUCAUGAUCGUUUCCCUGUUGUUAGGUCGAAUUUGAUUGUUUUGUUUUCACCAAUUUAUAGAUCUUUGAAAUGGGUAUCUGAGUUUGUGAGUGUGGAAGUGGAGGAUGAAUUAUUAACCAAUGUAGAUGCAUUCUCUAGGAAAUUUUGUGGAUUUUUUGAUAGUGCGAAUGAUGCAUUUGUUAGUAGAGAUAUUCAUUUCACUUGGGUUGAUGUUAGGCACAGAUUAGCAUGUGGUGAAGGAAAGGGUGAGACUAAUGAAUCCAAUGAACCUGAGUUGGAUAUAGGGUUUUUUAAGCAUGGGAUCAAGAACUUGGGCUGGGGCUUUUCUUCAACUGAUACAAUUAUUCUGGGUUCUGCUCUUGUUCCUUUUGGGUUAAUUUAUCCAAGGAUUGGGAUUUCGACUAGUCCUUUCAAUUGUAGUAAUUUUUGUAAGGUAAUUCAUGGACAAUUGACUCUUGAGAUCUCAGAUGUAAGUGGGAAACCUUUGGAAUGGAAAUGUUGUGACCUUGAUUUGAUCAAUUUGAAGAUGUUACCUAGGCAUAGAUGCGAGAAUGUUUUGCAUACAUCAGAACCUACAUAUUUACAAAGUAUAGGUUGUGAUGAAGGAAAAACAUUUGGGGGGCAUUUUAGUGAAGGAAUAACAAAAAUCCAUGUUAAGGCAGUGCAGAAAUAUGAUGAAUGUGUGAAAAUUGCGGGAUGCUUGUCUGACCCCAUUCUAGUGCGUGGAUUCUCUGGGGAAUCAUGGAAAGAUAAAAAGGAAAGUUCAGGUGAUUUUUUUGCAGAUAGGGUUCUUGAAAUUCUAGCAACUGAAACAGGAGAGUUGAUGCAGAGAAAAUGUGAACCCUUCUGGCAAAUACUUCUGAGUUUUCUCUUUAAGGAGGGCUACUGGGCCUUGGUGUCUCUAUCGAAUGGCAAUGGGGAUUCAUGCAUGGGAAUUCUCAAGCCUUUUACUGUUCAUUCGGGUCUACUUUCUACUAUAGAUAAUGAAUUCUACCCUCAAAACAUGGUAGAUGGUUUCUGUGGACCAAAGGUGGCCCAGUUUGUUACACAGAGAAGCCGUGAAGUUUGUAAACAUAGUGAUGAUAUGAAUGCAUCAAAUGGGAUUAUUGACUCUCAAAGUGGGCAUUUUUCAUCUCAGGAAUCCGGGGCUCCAGGAAGUGGCAAACAAAAAAUGAAUAAAAAGCAUUCCCAUUUGCAUCAGCCCCUUGCAUGGAGCUCCUUCUGCAAGGCGGCCUUUGAGCACAAUGAGAUGGAAAUAGGAGAGAUUUACUUUGCCAAGGAAGGUAAGAACACAAAGAAGUUGAAAUUUCUUAAAUGCUGGAUGAAACAGAUUAAGAAAUCAAGUUGUAGCAUAAUCAUACCAGAUGGGUCCCAGCUACAUCAGGAUAUUCCAAAAGAAACCCAAGAGCGGCUGACAGUGUUGCACCAAGAAAGCGAACAGCCAAUCUCUCUAUCUGUAUCAGCUCAAGAGGAUGUUUUGACUGGGGCUUCUAGAAUACAGGAUGAAGCUGCUCUUGAUUUUUGCUCAGAAACUUCAGAAGCUUUUUUCAGCGUUCUUUCAGGAAAGAUACAGGAGGGAAUUGAAUCUGAAGGGGUGGACUUGGGGGCUUUGGCAGAGCGACUUGUGAGCUCGUCUAUCCACUGGUUACAUCAGAAGUUUGAAAUGGAAACAUCAGAGAGUCAAAAUGCUGAGCAAAAAGUAGAUGAUCCUUAUGGUAGUAAAGCUGUUGUUGAACUAAUUAAACUUCUAGUAAAGGAGCCUAAGGAUUUGGCAGCAAAGCACAAAAACAAUGAUCCACCUUGUGAAUCAUCUGAUCCAAGAUCAACCAGAUUGACUUCAGAAAAAAUAGUUAGAGAAUAUCAGUUGCAGAUUUUGUUUAGAAUGGAGAUACUUUGCUCAGGAGUCACACAGAGUAUUGAAGAGUCUACAAAACAAAAGUUUGUGAAGCAAAUUUGCUUGCUUUUAGAGACUAUCCAGUGCCAUAUGGAGGGAGGCUUUUUCGGUGAUUGGAGCCUUGAUAAUUAUGUGGGAAAGAUCAUAAAAAGCAGGUAUUCUCACACUCUUGGAGAUAUAGUCCAUAAAAUUUAUACUCGAAUGGACUUGUUGCUGUUUGGUGAUGAGGAUGAAUCCCCCGAUCCCUUACUCAACAGUGAGGACAGCAACCAAUCCUGGAGAGAUAAACCAGAUAGAGACGAGAUAGGUGACAGUGAAAGAGCAAACGAACUCAUCUCUGCAGAAAAUGAGUCAUCUCAACCACUAGAAGACGACAAUGGCAUCCCUACAGGGAAUAAGGGAGAGGAGCAUGCCCGCAGGUUGAUUGAAGCUCGUGAGAGGAGAGAGAGGGCUCGAAGAUUUGCAUCUUUCACAAGCUGGGUGCCAGAUUUGCAGAGAGUUUGGGCCCCCAAGCAACCAAAUGCAAUGAAACCUAAGUCAGACUCCUAUAGGAAGCUAUCAAAAAGGAAGGACCGUCGUAGGGCAAGCUAUGACAUGGUAUGUGAGACCCCAAUGUCCUCAAAGAAACGGUCACUCCCAAGAAGAAGCAGUAGUGAUGACAACGACCCCCAAGAUCAUGGGACUCACUCCAGCUCAGUCUCAAAAGCUUUGUUUCAGGAUGACCGGUGACAAUCAUUGCUUGAGGCAGCCCCAUUAAUGGCUGCUUGCACAUAGUUUUUCAUGAAGAUGAUACAUACAGGCUUAUAAGUUAUAACAACUAGCUUUCAGGUACAUGCUUGCAUGGAAGUUAACCUGGACCAGGAUUAGAUCAUGAAGGUUAUCAGAUUUGUACACUUUGUCACUUCUCUGAUUUAGCUAAUGUCUGUAAAAUGAUUUCAAUGUUUAAUGGCUUUUUUAAUUAAAGGCCAUUUAAAUUAUAUAUACAUUAUUCAAAAUCUUCAAAA